AUGACAUCGUUUCAUGAACAAAUACCAAAUGCAUUUAAUCAAAAUAAUGGUUUAAACUUAUGGACACCAAAUAUCGAUAGCAGUAUUGAUCGUUUAGCAUUACAACGUGCAAAACAUUUUGAAUCACGCACAUAUACUACUACAAGAUCAAAAUCGAUCACAUCUAAUGAAGAUAUAUCAGACUGGAGUGAAUCUGAUCGCGAAUGUGCACCAUUAAGCGAUUAUGAGUCGAAUGGACCCUAUUUUAAUGUUAUCUCAGAUAACUAUAACAGUAACAGCAAGUCGUAUAUAGACGAUGAUACCGAUGAUCAAAUUGAAGAUGAAAUACCUGUUGAUAUCAGUUUAGUAAAACAAGAUGAAGAUUAUAAAGAAGCAGAAGAAGAAGAACAACAAGAAAUAUUGGAGAAUGAUGGACAAACAAAUACAAAUAAUAUGACAUUCUCAACGGAUAAUAAUGAAGAAAUUAGCACUCUUAGUAUCGUAUCUCUUAAUGUGCCAGUAACGAAAGAAGAUGAUAGUUGUAGAAAACUACCAAUUAGAAUUCAAUCUACAACAACAAAUAAAAAAAUUCUCUCACAAAUGAAUCGUACAUCAACAAGUGUCGACUUUUAUGUGAAACGAAAAUUGGAGAAUAAUCAUAGUAAUGAACGAAAAUUAAGAACAAGAGAAAAUGGAUCUAAUCGUUCAAUAAGAACAGAAUUAAAAACAGCGAACAGUGGUGUACAUCAUUCAUCCAUACGAUCGAGCGUUUCUCUAACAAACUCUCAACUAUUUGAUUCUUCUGAUCAUCAUUAUAAAACAAUGCUAAACAAUCGUUUACAAAACAGACUAUUAAAUGAAAAACUAAAUAAUAACAGUAGUCGAUUACUUAAGCGUGAUAUGAAAUUUCAACGUACAAAAGAAACAUCCACAAUGUCACCGAAUAGUUCAUUUCAAAGUCAGGAAAAAUUGGUGGAUGAUGUACGACAAGGACGAGCAUCACCAAACUAUAGUUUAAAUUCAACAGUUAUCGAUUAUUCCCGAGUACCAAGAGCGUAUGAACUAAAAAAGUUAUUUCCCGAUACAUACGAUUGGGGACGUGUGACAAAUCCAACAAAACGUGAACGAAUAUCGUGUAAUCGACAAAAAUGGGGCACAAUUGUUCAUCCACCAUUUCCAUUGGGAUACCAACGAGCAACACAUGAACAGGUGGUCGAUGUCGUUGGACGAUUGAAUAGUCCCACGCGCUGUAAACAUCCGCAUAGACCAUCACAAUCACUAUCAAAAAAAUAUUUAUCCGUGGAAGAAACAGACGCCUUGAUCGAUCGUUUAACCAAAGUAAAAUCAAUUCGCACAGACCAAUAUUAUUCCAAGGGAAAUAAUGUAGGAAACGUGAAAAAAAUUGGUGUUUUAAACUCUUACGCAUGGAAAUCUUAUGGUAUACCAACAUAA